CUGAUUCAUUCACAUGACAGCCCUUUCGAGUUUCGGUCCUGUUUACCGGUGCUGUGGAAGUGCUUCAGAGAAUCGGUUCCACGUCGUAAACCAUCAUGUUAAAGUUCGUUUAGCACACGGAGAAGACGAAUGGCAGAGGAUAUCGGACGGUCCACAAAUAGCUAACUAUGCUACUGAAAACACACUGAGUCCGCACAAAGAGCAGCAGCCAGGGUUAGCUUACACGGCUUCGGCACUGCUGGAUGCAUUGUUGAUUCCAGUAGAUUUUUUUUGUACUCACUUCCUGAAGCAACUGGCAAACAGCAUCCAAAAUGAGUCCAGAGGGGAAGAGGCUUUUAAACAUCAUUAUCCUAGGCUUCGGCUUUAUGUUUAUGUUCACUGCUUUUCAAACAUGUGGCAAUAUAGAGCAAACAGUGAUCAAGAGCUUCAACAGCACUGAGUUCCAUGGCAGCGGAUACACGAGCAUGGCCAUCAUCUACGGCGUCUUCUCUGCAUCCAACCUGAUCGCUCCUUCAGUGGUGACUGUCAUUGGACCACAGUUAUCGAUGUUCAUCAGUGGCCUUUUCUACAGCGGCUACAUUGCUAUGUUCAUUUACCCGUACACUUGGAGCUUCUACACUGCGUCUGUGUUGGUUGGAAUAGGAGCAGCAGUGCUGUGGACGGCUCAGGGAAAUGUGCUCGCCAUCAACUCCUCUGACCACACCAUUGGAAGAAACAGUGGAAUAUUUUGGGCGCUCCUGCAGUUCAGCUUAUUCUUUGGAAACCUCUACAUAUACUGUGCCUGGCACGGACAUGUUCACAUAACAGACAAAGACCGUCAGACGGUGUUCAUCUCUCUCACGGUGAUCAGCCUGGUCGGCUGCUUCCUCUUCUUUCUGAUCCGGAAGCCUGACCCUGAAUCCUCUUCCUCUGAGGCGUCGGAGUCGCUGCUGCAGGCCGAAUCCACGGACAGCUCCACAGCUGUCUCACCUCGCGCAGGCCUCUGCUCACAAGCUCUGGACGCUUUUGUCCAAGCGUGUAAGAUAUUUGUCACCAAAGAGAUGCUGCUGCUGAGCAUCUCCAUAGGAUACACAGGCUUGGAGCUCACCUUUUACAGCGGGGUGUACGGGACGUGUAUCGGAGCCAUGACGCGGUUUGGCCAAGAUGCAAAGAGUUUGAUCGGCAUCUCUGGGAUUUUCAUUGGCUUAGGCGAGAUCCUAGGAGGGGGCGUGUUUGGGAUGCUGAACAAGAGCAACCGGUUUGGGAGGAACCCGGUGGUGCUGCUGGGGCUCAUCACUCACUACGUUGCCUUUUACCUGAUUUUCCUGAACAUUGCCAGCGACGCUCCUCUGGCCCCGGAGGCAGGAACAGACCUGCAGGCCUACAUCAGCCCCAGUGUCGGCGUGGCGUUCCUCUGCAGCUUCCUGCUCGGUUUGGGCGACAGCUGCUUCAACACUCAGCUUCUCAGCAUCAUUGGCUUCAUGUUCCGGAACAACAGCGCUCCCGCCUUCGCCGUCUUCAAGUUCAUCCAGUCCAUCAUGGCCGCUCUGGCCUUCUUCUACAGUAACUACCUGCUGCUGCACUGGCAGCUGCUCAUCCUGGUCCUGGUAGGUUUUCUGGGCUCGAUGUCCUUCUUCGUGGCCGAGUGGGUGGCCGAGUCCAACAGGCGGGAAUCGGACUACGACAGCAUCUGAUCUGUUUCCGAGCGACCCGGUCUGUGUGGAGCCUGGCCGUGGCUGCGGGAGAGCCAGAGUCAGACGUUCAUCUCCAUCUCAACAUUUAUCUGUACUAAAUCAAAAGGCAUGAGGAGGUACUGUGUGCACACCAGAUAUACCUCAUUUUGUUUCUUUCCAGGCCUUUCCUUCAUCAUUUUGUGCGCACAGCUUUGUAAUCAGUCUGAACAAAACACGAUGACAUACUUGGCAUGACGGGUAGAGAUUUGUUAAUGAAGUAUCGAGCACUUUUCAUUCAAGGCCUUUCAGCAAUGAUAUAAAAUAAUGGGCCCACUGCGAGUGCCUGUACUGAGAGGUCCUGAGGAGUAACGCUGACUUUGUUGUGAACCAGCUGCAGGUUUUAAUGUUUGCAGCUGCUCUGGCUGCAUGUGCAGAUAAAUCUGGUUUUUCUUUUUCCUCAUCAAAUCCCACGAAAAGACCAGAACCUCCACUCAGUGUGUGUGUGUGUGUGUGUGUUCAUCACCAUGAACACACACACACUGUAGUUUUAUUCUGACUCAGUCCCACACACAAAAAAUGACACAAAAACCAAACUGUAUAUUGGUGAGGUGUUUUUAAAGAUUUAAGUCUUCAGGCUCGGAGCUGAGAGCCACAGACACGUUGUCUGAACACACACCGGGACACAUUACUGGUUUUUGGCUUUUCGUGGGAUUCGAUGAUGAUGUGAAUUAAACCAUCCCAGCCUGAUCCUUUCAAAGGUCUUCCACUCUCUUGUGGGACACCUCCUGCACUCUCAAAAGCUUGCUCUGCACACAGAUUCAGCCUAGAGACCGAACAGCUGCUCCUGGGCUCCAUACAUCUCUGAUAAGUCCACAUGAAGCAGGUGUGUUGUGUCUCCACUGCUGCUGCAGUCACAGGGUGAUGGCAACCUCAAAAAGGACUUUAACAACAAAUGCUCUGAAAUCUCAAGUCGUUUACCAGCCAAGCCUUUUUCAGCUUUGGCUGUGUGACAGUGACUUUGACUUAAUGACAUCACAGGAAGUGGGAGUGGAGCAGUUUAAAGGGAAACAUUAUCAAGAAACUGAACCCUGUCCUUUAACUUUUGUUUGAGAGUGAAAUCCGUUUUUGUCCUCACACUUUUCUUAUGCUGUUUUUCUCAUCUGGAUAUUCCCUCAUCAUGCACCCUGUGAUACAUAAUAGGUUUAGCCGUAAUAAGAUCUGGGGCGUCUUAAAGACGACCCGUGACUCUGCAUUCCAAGAAACUUCUCAUAAUUGAAAGUGGGUGACAGCAUUUAGUUCAGAUGAAAUUAAGCGGAUCUGUUUGGUUUGUGCUGUUUUUUUCUCUUUGAUCGAAUGUGUUUCAAGGGGACAUGUGAAACAACGUGAUGGUAAAUCAGGAAGAAACUGCAGGUCAGGGUCCAAAAACCCUGGUUCCUACAGUUCCCAUAAUGCAUCUGUCAAACCCUCCCUGUCUGGUAAAUGUCUGCAUCUUUUAAACUCCUCUCAACCUGUUUGUAACACAGACAGACCCUGGAGCAUUAAGGACCAAUCACGAUGAAGAAAUUAAUCUUAAUUUUAAAAUCAGUGGAAUGUGCCGACCUGUCUGCCUGCAUGUGGCCAAACAACAGAACUCUGUAGUACUGCCACACACAACAUGUUCAUGCUCACAGCAUGAUAAACCCUCCUGAAAUAAGUUACCAAAGACCUUUACUCCGUCGGUUUUUACCUUCACUGAAAACAAACUACGCACCGCCGUGUUCAUCUUUCUGUGUGGUUCCUUUACAAUGAGCAUUGCAGCGUCACAGAGCUGCCAACGAGGCUGCAGACGCUUCCUUUUCUGUUGAAUUACCAGCAUCAUUACCCACUGAGGAACAGUCACUCAUUUUAAACUGAUCUGAUGCCAAACCAACACAGUGCUGAACACAGGCCUUUACACGCUGUCUUUUCCUGACAGCUUGAUGUGAUGUGGUAGGAAAGGGCAACGCAGAGCUGUAUCUUAGAUGCUGUAGUUUUUUUUAUCUUUUGUUUAAAGUGUCAGUUUAUGAAUUACAGUAUAUAAUCUAGGUAAUUUAUUGCCAAAUAAAACAUGAGGGUUUGGGUUUGCUCACGUGUUUCAUGUUGUGACUGCAAUGGAUGCAAUCAAUCUCAAGGAUAUUAAGGGAAAUGCAUGUGUACUUGGAAGAUGAUUUUAUACUUGAAUGUAGUAAUUAAGAAUGGCACCCGAACCUUUGCUUGCUUGUUUUUAUUAUCAAUAAAAUGUUAUUUUGAACAUUA